UGCAUUCGAGCGUCGAUUUGCGUUAUCCUGGAAGCCAUGGACGCCGCUGGGGUGAUCGGGUGUUUCAAGGACAGGAGCAUCCUAAUCACCGGCUCCACGGGCUUCCUCGGGAAAAUGCUGGUGGAGAAGAUCCUAAGGGUCCAGCCAGAUGUGAGGAAGCUCUACCUCAUUGUGCGCGCGGCUGACGCCGCAUCCGCCGAGAAUCGUGUGCUCACCGAGGUUGUAGGAACAAAACUCUUUGAUGUUCUGCGAAGCAAGCAUGGAGCUGAUUUCAACUCUUUUAUUACAAACAAAAUUACCGCUCUACCUGGAGACAUCAUUAAGGAAACCUGUGCACUUAGGAACUCUAUGGUUGAACAGAUCUAUGAAGAGAUCCAUGUCAUUGUGAGUGUAGCUGCAACUACCAGCUUCUACGAGAGAUAUGACGUCGCUCUAGCAUCAAAUACCUUAGGAGUUGCCCACGUGUGCGAUUUAGCAAAGAAGUGUGCUAAUCUCAAAAUGUUGCUUCAUGUUUCCACUGCUUUCGUAGCCGGGGAGCAAGAAGGCCUGUUAGUGGAGAAACCGCUCGAUGCAGGCAAAGCACUAAGGAAAGAUUAUAGCUUGGACAUUCAGUCUGAGUUAAAAUUAGUUGAGAGUGUCAAGUCAAAACUCAGGGUGCAAUUCUCUAACGAUAAGAUAGAGAAAAGGAAAAUGAAGGAACUCGGAUUGAAAAGGGCAAGGCACUUUGGUUGGCCUAACGUGUAUUCACUCACAAAGGCCUUGGGGGAGAUGUUGCUUGGAACCUUAGGACGAGACCUUCCAGUUGUCAUAGUCCGGCCAAGCAUCAUAUCUAGCACUUUCAAGGAGCCAAUGCCCGGAUGGACGGAGGGAAGUAGGACAAUGGAUAUGUUGUACGUAGCCUACAAUGACCAAAAACUUUCAUGUUUCAUCUUCAAUCGUAAUGUCAUAAUCGAUGUGAUACCGGGAGACAUGGUGAUUAAUGCACUGAUGGUUGCUAUGGCCCUUCAUUGGGAGAAGCAUGGAACCCAGGCAAUUUACCAUGUAACAUCGGGACAUCGGAACCCACUGCGUGGCUCCACUUUUCUGGAAUCAUUCUAUGAGUACUUCCACUCUAAUCCUCGUGUAACCAAGGAUGGGAGGAUUGUCAAGCAUGGAAGGGUGACAUUAUUCAAAAAAUACACAUUUUUCUCUUUAUACAUGAUCUUGCGGUAUAAGCUAGCACUAGAGGCGUUCCAUGUGAUGAGUGUAUUUGGACAUUCAUUGUCCCAACAUUACAACAAGCUCAACCGUGGCUACAAAUUCUUGAUACUUAUCGCAAAGUUGUACGCUCCAUAUGCAUUCUUCAAAGGGUGCUUUGACGACACGAACAUGAAAAAAUUGUGGGCAAUAACCGCUACAGAAGAGCUGGACGAUGGCUCCACGUUCGAUUGUGAUCCUGCAUGCAUCGAAUGGGGCUCAUACCUCAUCAACACACACAUUCCGGCUGCUCUGAUGUAUGCUUCCAACAAUAAUCAGAUGAAGAAAGCUGGCAGUGCAUAGGGGAGUAGAUAUAUUAAUAAACUCUAUUUCUAAUAGUAAUCAUAUAUGUCGUGUAUGUAUCUGUUGUAAUGUUUAUAUAUCUGAUGUACCACCACAUGCUCAUGCUUGCCAUGUACGUACCUGAAACGUAAAUAAAUGAAAUAUAGGUGCCUAUAUGUGUCAUGGCCACCAACAAUAUUUCAACAAUAUUUCGUGCGAUGUCACACAUGUGGUG